AUGGCCCAAGCACCUGGGGCAAGCCCGACCCACUGGGAGCACAACCAGGGGGCCAGCAGGGCCUUCGGGGAUCAGUGGCCUUCCCCCACUCAGGUGUCCCUGGAGUCUGAGAUCAAGGAAGAGAAUUAUCAUCUGGAAGGUGCUUUUGUGGGAGACCAGUUCUUGGCCAUGGACAAGUCCUCGCCCACUCCAUGUAGCGUCAACAUCCAUGUGAUCCUUCCUGAUAACACACACCUGUGCCCAGGGCUCUACGGAGCCCCCAAGGCCUUGGCAGUCUUCCCACAGCUCCAAAGUGAGCCCAGCACCAGCUUUGCGCAGGCCUGUCCCACAAUCGUUCCCUCCCCACCGACCUUGCCAGAUUUCACCAGCGUCUUCAGCGUGCCACAACCCAUGACUGUGAGGAGCAUCUUCAUUAAGCAGGAGCUGCCUGGAGAGGUGCCCAUGGCUGCCGACCUGCACUCAACCCAGUUGUGCCAGAUGCCCGUGGCUGGGGCUGGGGCUGGCAUGGGCGUCGAUGUCUCCGUGGCCAUGCCACCGGGGAACCCUGCCACAGCCUUCAGUGGCCUGAGUGGCGUCGCCAUAGCAGCAGACACUUCCUCGACUGGGAUCCUUCAGCAGCCUUCAGGGCUCGAGGGAGAAGAGAAAUUCUUCCCACAUGUUCUCCAGGGGCCAGGUACCUUCAGCCUCUCUGGGCAAUUCUACCCUGUCCCCAGCGUCCCUCUGCCCCCCUCUCCCCCCAGCUCUCAGCCUGGCAGCCCUGAAAAUCAGCGCCCCCCAUCUUAUGAGACGACCUUUGGAUUGAAGCUGCUACAGCCCUCUCAGAUGGCCGGUUUCUCUGGGGGCCUGGCCACCCUUUCCCAGGGGCAGCUGGUUCUGCAAGCCACCAGAUUCAGUCCGAAUACCCACAGUGACCCGGAACUGGACAAGAGGCGUGUUCAUCACUGUGACUAUCCAGGUUGCAUCAAGGUUUAUACCAAGAGUUCUCACCUGAAGGCCCACCAGAGGACCCAUACGGGUGAAAAACCUUACAAGUGCUCGUGGGCUGGGUGCGAUUGGCGCUUUGCCCGCUCGGAUGAGCUCACCCGCCAUUACCGCAAGCACACUGGAGUCAAACCAUUCAGAUGCACCACCUGUGACCGCUGCUUCUCCCGCUCAGACCACCUGUCCCUGCACAUCAAGCGGCACCAGAACUAG